AUGAAGGAAGGGAAACUUAUUGAAAUCACAGGUGAGCAAGGUACUCGCUACCUAGGGAUAUUACGUCAAGCAAAGGUUUGUGACGUGGUUGAUGGUACUCACUGGAGACUUGGUGGGGGGCGUUGCCGCAUUUUUCAGAAUCUUAUACAGAGGAUUAAUGAUCAACCUAUUCCUUUGGCUGAUUCCGGUCCCGAUAUCGUUAUGUGGAAACAUGGCCAUGAUGAUUACCAGACAUCUUUUUCGGCAGGCAAAACUUGGGAACAAAUAAGAGAUCGAAGAGAGAAGGUUGACUGGUGUUCUAUAAUCUGGUUUACGCAAGCUGUCCCAAGAUAUUCUUUUAUCACCUGGCUUACGAUCAUGAAUCGUUUGUCAACUGGAGACCGUAUGAGGAACUGGGGAGUGCAACAGGAGUGUUUACUGUGUGGGGAAAAGAAUGAAACCAGGGACCAUCUCUUUUUUGCUUGUCCUUUUAGCUACAUAGUUUGGAUUACUGUGACAGGAAGGCUUCUCGGCAGACGUGUCACACCAGACUGGCAGGACACUGUUACGAGGUUAAGGUAUGAUCGCGGGGCUAAAAUGGAUAAAAUUUUGGGGAGAAUGGUUUUCCAAAUGACGGUUUACCAUAUUUGGCGAGAGAGAAAUGCGCGAAGGCAUGAGAAACCCUGA